CCGUGAGGGGGGGGCGCAGCCAUGGCGCAGCCCCGGGUGCUGCCGCAGAGCAAGGAGACCCUGCUGCAGUCCUACAACAAACGCCUCAAGGACGAUGUCAAAUCCAUCAUGGACAACUUCACCGAGAUCAUCAAGACGGCCAAGAUCGAGGAUGAAACUCAAGUUUCUCGAGCAACCCAGGGUGAACAAGAUAACUAUGAGAUGCACGUCAGAGCUGCAAAUAUUGUCCGAGCUGGCGAGUCCCUGAUGAAACUCGUGUCUGACCUGAAGCAGUUCCUGAUCCUCAACGAUUUCCCCUCUGUGAACGAGGCCAUCAACCAGCGCAACCAGCAGCUCAGGAGCCUGCAGGAGGAGUGUGACAAGAAGCUGAUUGCCCUGAGGGAUGAGAUCUCCAUUGACCUGUACGAGCUAGAAGAAGAAUAUUACUCUUCCAGCUACAGUCUGUGUGACAGCAAUGAUCUCCCACUGUGCGAAGCCUACUGGAGACAAGACUUGGCCACGCUGUCCCCCGAGAGCCUCUCGAUGCCUCUGGCAGCCGCCACAGCCGAGCAGAGCGUUGUCACCUCGCAGAGUUCCACCCCUUCGCACCCGCACGUCAACGGGCACGGGGCGGGCCCCGCCGAGCAUCCCUGAGGAGGAUCCGCUGCUGCCGGCCCGCGGUUCACCGGGGAUGGCCCCGCCGAGCAUCCCUGAGGAGGAUCCGCGGUUCACCGGGGAUGGCCCCGCCGAGCAUCCCUGAGGAGGAUCCGCGGUUCAUCCAGGGAUGGCCCCGCCGAGCAUUCCCAGGAUCCGCAGUUCACCCGGGGAUGGCCCCGCGCUGCUGGAAGUCUUCCUGCUGCUGUGCUGAGCUGAGCAAGCGGCUCCUGCUGCCAGGAGGAGGCACUGGAGCUGUGCUGGCACUCCCUGCAUGGCUGCAGUGCUUCCUCCACGCCAGGACCUUGCCAGGAGUGUUGCUGUCCAUAAGAGAUAGAGAUGUGUAGGCACAAAGUGAAUCUCAUUAGAACAAAUUAGAGUCGGGUUUGUUUUAACGUGAUAGUUACGUGUAGAGUUCAUUAGAAGUCUUAGAAGUUUGUUUCCAUGUGAGUGUUGGGAGCUGAAUUUCUUUGGGAUAAACUUGAGCCAAAUGUGGGGGUAGUGAGUGUGUUGGGGUUUUUACUCUGCUUCCCAAGGUUAUUGACAUUCUGGCUGCUUUAAAGCUCUCUCAGGAUAGCAUCUGACAACCUCUGGUCUACUGUAAAGAAUCUUAUUGUAUUUUUACACAACAGUCUUCACUGUCAAAAUGCUUUACAAACUUGAACUCUUGAUUUGGAAGGAAGAUCCCAGGAGACCCUUAUGGAAGGACAAUGUUCCCCCCUAGAAGAAGAAAGCAGGGAUCAGACUGAGGGAUCAAUGACACCACUUGCUCAAAGCCACAAAGAGAAGCAGUGUCAUGCUUUAGUCAGUCGAUUCCUUCCUCAGUGUUUACACAGAAAUUCCUGCUAACGUAGUCUGAGCUAACAUGGAGCCACUGUUUAUGCUGGGUUUUGGUUUUGUCUAAUGAAAAAAUCUUGAGAGCAGCGAGGAAUACUCAGUUACUCUCAGUUUCCUUCCAAAGAAACACAUUUGGUGCUUGGUCUGCAGCUGUUCAGCAGCUCAGCACAUCUGUCCUUUCCAUUUGUGGUGGCUCUGCCUUGGCUCGAGCUGUGCAGCUGAAAGGGAGAUGCCACUGACCUGACCAGUGUCACCACAGCUCGGUGUCAGGGCACCACAGAGCCACCAGGGCAUUCCAACAACUGAGCUGAGCUUCCCCAGCUUUCUGCUGUAACGUCUCAUUUCUUAGGAUGUGAAUUUUUGCUAUUAUUUUUUUUUUGUUUCUUUUUCUUCCAUUCCAUUUAUUUUUGUAACUAGGUGAUUUAAUAAA